AUGUCAAAAUUUUUGUCUGUGUUUAUUCAAAAAACUUCAGUCUCUCUACUAGCUAACCAUAUUAUAUUUUUUGUUAAAAUGUCUAAAAGAAGUGGUUUUCAUAGGGCACCUAAAUUCAAACCUGAAGUAAAGAAUUUAAGUAGUAGAUCAAAACAGUCAGUGUUAAUGCCCAGCAGGAAAGAGAAAGUUGAGGUUCUACCUGGACCCAUCAAAUCAGAAUCGGAUAAGAAAAAUUAUAAAACAAUAAGACUGGAGAAUGGUCUGACAGCUCUAUUAAUAUCAGACCCAAGCCAUCCUGCUGUGAAUGAGGAGAACAGUUCCAGUGAAGAAGAGAGUAGUGGCUCUGAUGAGUCAAGUGGGCCAGAGAGUGAUGGGAGUGGAUCUGUACAAUCAGCAGCCAGUGAUCACCAUGGUAGCACCCGAAGAAAUGAAUUUAAUGAAGAAAAAUUGGCUGCGUGCGCGCUGUCCGUCGGCGUGGGCAGCUUCAGCGAUCCUUCCGACAUUCAAGGCCUUGCUCACUUUGUUGAACAUAUGGUGUUCAUGGGCAGCGAGAAAUAUCCUAAGGAGAAUGAAUUUGACGCAUUUAUCAAAAAAAAAGGCGGUUCUGACAACGCAUACACUAGCUGCGAGGAGACAACAUUCUAUUUUGAGAUACAGGAGAAAUACUUGCCCCAAGCGAUGGACAUGUUCAGCCAGUUUUUCGUCAGUCCUCUCAUGAAGAAGGAGGCCAUGCAGCGUGAACGGGAAGCCAUCGAGUCUGAAUUUUCACUUGCAUCCCCCUCUGAUUCGAAUCGCAAAGACCAGUUGCUGUCAGGUCUGUUCCCCGAAGGACACCCAAUGCGUACAUUCACAUGGGGCAAUCUGCGCAGUCUUCGAGAUGACAUCAACGACGAUGAGAAACUAUACCAGGCUGCGCAUGAGUUCCGCAGGAGACAUUACAGUGCACACAGAAUGACGGUAGCUGUACAGGCCCGUAUGGAACUCGCGGCGCUAGAGCAGUACGUAGUGAAUACAUUCGGCAGGAUCCCGACCAAUAAGUUACCCUCCGAUGAUUUUACUUCAUACUCAUUUAAGUUGAAUAACAUCACGCCAGAGUUCAAGAGCAUGUACUAUAUCAGUCCAAUUAGUGACGUCACUGAGGUUCAUUUAACUUGGUGUAUGCGAUCUUUAAUAUCAGAGUACGAAUCUAAACCACACCAGUACAUCUCAUAUCUUCUCGGACACGAAGGAAAAGGCAGCUUACUCUCGUAUCUGAGGAAGAAGGUGUGGGCGCUGGACAUCUACACGGGCACGUCUGAGAACGGCUACGACUAUACCACCAUGCACAGCUUGUUCCCUGUGCAGGUCGUCCUCACGCAGGACGGACUCGACCAUCUUGAUCAGGUUCUAGAAGCUAUAUUCUCAUACAUAAGUCUGCUAAAGAAGUUGGGACCAUCAGAACGUAUAUACGAAGAAAUAAAAACAAUAGAGGAAACGAGUUUCCGCUUCGAAGAGGAGUCUCAGCCAUCAGACUACGUUGAGUCACUGGUGGAGAAUAUGCGCUACUACCCGCCUGAGCAUUACAUCACCGGUGAUAGACUCUAUUACAAAUAUGACCCUAAGGGUAUCACUGACUUAUUGGAUUGCAUGCGCCCGGAAUUGGUGAACAUAAUGGUCCUGUCGAAUAGACAUUCUAAGCCUAUCGACUUCGAUGCGAAGGAGCAGUGGUUCGGUACCGAAUACAAGCGACAAGAAAUACCUGAAAACUGGCUACAACGUUGGAUGAAAGCGGAGCCAUAUCCCGAUUUCCACCUUCCCGACAAGAAUAUCUACAUAACCACCAACUUCGACCUGCUACCUCCGGACCAAGCGUACCUCGAUGAAGCAGAGAGGCUGGGUAUUGACCUCACCAACAGCACCGUGAAAGAUAUACAUAAAAAGGUCGCGGUCAGCACUCACGACACUAAGGUGUUGGAACAUGGCGAACUUAUAGCCACUAUCAAUAAUUUCAGAUUGGAUCAGCCAAACUUACUACGCAAGAACCGUCAUAUGGAACUGUGGUACAAGCCCGAUUUCAAGUUCCGGUUCCCGACCGCGCUGUUGUACUUCUACUUUAUCACGCCGCUUAGCCUCAAAUCGCCCAGGGAAUCUUGCCUUCUAGACCUAUGGACGGAUGUAUUACAUCAAGGGUUGAAGGAAGAAGUGUAUCCGGCGAGUAUGGCGGAUUUGUCACAUUCGCUGUAUAUAGUAGACAAAGGAUUGACAUUGAAAGUUAGCGGAUACAAUCAAAAUCUCCACUUGCUGGUGGAGCUUAUAUCCCGCGAGAUGGGCGCGGCUGCGAGUGGUGCGGUGACGGAGGCGUUGUUCGACGCAGUACGGGAGGCUCGCUCGCGCUCCUACCACAACGUGCUCAUCAAGCCGCACAAGCUCGCCAAAGAUGUCCGCAUGAAUAUACUGUUGGAGCCGUAUAUAUCGCCGCGAGACAAGGCCAUGGAGAUACAGGAUAUCACGCUAGAGGAAUUGCAAGCGUUCAGUAAGAGACUACUCAACAAGAUGUACCUACAGGUACUAGUGCAAGGUAACUUGCCAUGGUAUGAAGCCAUCAAUAUAUCGGAGAGUGUAUUGAAUAAUAUCAAGUGGGAUGGACUUUCUGAAGCAGAAAUACCUAAAUUAUUAGUGCACGAGCUGCCACUGGGCGAACGCAAGAUCCGCGUACUGAAUCUAAACCCACAGUCGCCGAACAGUAUCGUCACUAAUUAUUAUCAAGCCGAAGUGGCGACUCCGAAGGACACCGCCACGCUGGAAGCCCUCAUGAUGAUGAUGGAAGAGCCGGUGUUCAAUAUACUCCGUACUAAAGAACAACUCGGCUACUCGGUGUUCAGCCGCAUGCGGUAUACUUUCGGCGUGCUCGGGUUCUCCGUCACCGUGAAUACACAGGUCGACAAGUUCAGUGUAUCUCACGUGGAUACGCGAGUAGAGGCCUUCCUGAAGAAGUUCGCGAGGGACAUGCGUCGUCUCAGCGAGAAGGCGCUGCAGACUACUAAGACAUCGCUUGUACAACUCAAGCAUACCACAGACUACGAGCUCAAGGAGGAGGUGGAAAGAAAUUGGAGAGAAAUUGUGAGCAGGGAAUAUCAAUUCCAAAGGUUGUUUAUAGAGGCGGAUGCAAUAGAAAAAAUUAAACUGUCGGACAUCAGGGGCUGGGUAGAUAAUCAUUUCACCACUGGCAACAGGACGCAGUUCAGAAAAUUGUCAAUUCAGAUAAUGGGUCAUAAAUCAAAUGAGAGCGUCACAUCGAUAAACGACAAUGAAACUGACAACUACGAGCUCACAUAUUUGGAUGCGGACGACCCCGUUGGUGACACGACGGAGAGCAAUAUUGACUUCAUCAAAAAUAUAGAGACCUUUAAGAAAGAUUUACCUAUUAUAGCCGUCCCCGAAAUAGAAUUAGCCCAAUGUUAGAAUUUAAAUCAACGUGUGAUAUACCUACGAUUACUACCUAAUAGAUAGUCUCUGUUUUAACAUAUUGAAAUUAUGAAAUUUAUUUUAUUUUUAAUAUUUUAGUUUCUUUAUUAGUUUAUAUAUUGACCUAAUUUGUUCCUAAAUAGUUCAUUAUUACAAAAUGUUACACUCACUUUAUUGAAUAAUAAUAGUAUAAUAAAUGAUAUGUUACUAGAGAAAUAUACACAGGGAAUAAAAUAGAUUAUGUUCCACAAAUAGUUAUCAAUAACGUUAGUGUAUACUUAUUUAUAGACUUUUGUAUCAUAAUUAAAUUUUAUUUCAGCUUCCAUAACUGGAAAAAAUUGUUAAUUAAUAUUGUUAUAGAAUGAUUUAAUUUUAGUGGUAAUGUAUAAAAAUAUACGACCACGUAAAGACAUGGAUGAAUAGGUCGAAUAAAUUUCCUAUUGCGUUCAUGAUGACAAAACAAUGAUUCUACCCAAAACCUUAUAUUAUAUAUUGUUCCAAAUGAUACGUAUGUAUCCAUUUAUGCGCAUAUAGAUAGAGCUAUUUUUCUAUUGUGAGCUGUAGUUUUGUUGACUAUAGAAAUAUUGUAACUAAUAUACAAUUUUAUUCGCAAAAGAAUGUAUAAAUUCAAUUUUGGUGACGCGAACAAAAUA